UCAUAAUUUUAUUUAAAAUGAAAACGCAUUUGCAGGACAAUAAGAUGUUAUUGAAUAAGCUUUUAUUGUAACAAUAAUUUAACAACGAAAAUGCAUGCUAAAUGAAAUUUAUCAUUACAUUUUUGUAAACUGAAUGAAAAAGUUUAUCGAAUAAGAUUUUUUUUUCUCUUCAAAAAUGAUAAUGCUUGUCAUAUUUUCAGUUUGCGUUCUCGCCUAUUUGUGACAGAGUCGGAUUCGCCCGUGACUAGUGAAUCCCCUAACUUCUGGAAUGUCGCCUUCGAAACCCCGUCUAGAAAGAGCAUAUGUAAUGAGGAGGAUUUUUGUUUCAUUGACCACGACAAGCUUAAUGAAAUUUGUGAGGUAGAAAGAUGUGCUGCAAGCACAAGGAAGACGAAUCGUUCUUUGUUCAUCGACGAGGAUUCUGGUCUUGGGAUGGAGAUGGACGCGACUGAUGAACACUUUCCAUUGUCUGUACUUUCGGUUUUCACGGAUGACGAAGGAAACACCGAUUUCAAUGACUCCUUUUCCGAGGUGACAGGUACAAUGAAACCUUGUAGUUACAGAUCAAGGUCGGCAAAAAAGAAGUUGUUCUCCAACAAACGUACAGCAGAACUUGGAGAGGAUGACGAGGAAUUAUCCCCAUCCAUGAAGAGAUUCAGAAAAAAUGAAACAAACCUACUAAAAUUUGCGCUCACGAAUUCCCCUAUACAGCAAACAGACGACAACGUUAACUGCAUCAUCCGGGCAGUUGACAGACUCACAACGGAAGUAGAUCUUGUAGCCGAUGGGUCACGUGACUACAGUCUGCCUACCAUCACAGGCAAACAUGGCGACCUAAAGUCCAUUUCAGCCGAAACUAUGGCUGACGUUGUGGCAAAUACAGACAUGAACUCGGGCGAUUUAAUGAUUAUUGACUGCAGGUACCCGUACGAAUAUCUCGGAGGACACAUAAAGGGAGCAGUUAACCUGUAUACAAAGGAAGAGGUGCAUACAUUAUUUGAGCUGACUGAGCCUGCCAAGCCACGUAUUCUUGUUUUCCACUGUGAGUUUUCAUCAGAACGUGGGCCGAAAAUGUACAGGUUUUUAAGGAGUUGUGACAGGGAAUUGAAUAAGGAUAAUUACCCUCGUCUGAAUUUUCCAGAAGUUUAUCUGUUGGAAGGCGGCUACAAGGAAUUUUAUCACACACACCAGGACCUUUGUGACCCUUGUGGAUACAAACCAAUGCUGCACAAAGACCAUGCUUCAGAUCUACGUCACUUCCGGGUCAAAUCAAAAUCCUGGGCAGGGGGACAUCAGCGCAAACACCCUUCAAAAAGUCGGCUAUCCCGAAGCUGUUUGUCUUUCUGAACUGAAGAAUCCUAAUUGAUCCUAACUGGUUCUUUCAGAAAGAUGAAAGCACGGGUAAGUGACCGCAAACGGGAGGAAAUACUUCCGGCUUACAGCGGUCCGGUCACAUAAUGCAGAGGGCAACAGCGCAUGCAAUGGAAGUAGACAACAUUUGUUUUCCGACUUUGACGCAGAGUUAAAUGAAUACCAACUAAUUUCCUGAAGGCAUCGCUCGGACGUAUGCGAUGUUAUAUACGGAGAUGGUUUUGUUAAAAUUACCACUAUUAUAAAUUAGUUGAAAACGCAGAAUGGGAGAAGAAUGCACAUGUACGAGUACGUUUUUUUACGAGUUCGGUUACUGAAUGGAAUUUUUCAUUAAAGUGUAUGGCAGAAGUCUUCCAGGGCUUGGAAUGAAAAUACAAAUGUUUUAAUACUUGCACAACUCUUCAGGUUUAGAUGCGGUUUCCGGGUGAAAUAAUACAAACAUGUCGUGUCUGGAAAAACAAAAGCCCACCUAGCAAAGACUAUGAGUGGAAAGAAAAGGAAAUAGAUCAAAUGAUUGUCCCCAUUUUGUGUUUAGAUUAACUGAAAAAAAUACGAGUGUUGUCGAAACAGCUAGCUUUACUGUAUUAACCAUGAACCCUUCCUAUCAUGUUUUGAGUAUUUUCUGAUUUAUUUUUUUUCUGCUGAAUAAAGUUUUCCGAGGUGUUGCACCAUUCAGUGCCACCGUUUCAGCUAAACAAAAGGUUUUGGGUAGAAGGCAAUCUCGCAUGAAGAAAGAUGGUUCUUAUUUUGAAGUUUUUGGUAAUUCUGUGAGUUAGACUCUAAGCUGAUCAGAAUUAUUAUAGUGAUAUAAGUUGAGGUUUUCGCUACUUGUAUAAAAGGAUUGUAUACAGAUACAAAUACAAUUUGAUUAUGCCACCGUUAUGUUAAACUGUUUGUUCAAGACGUUACCCGAGAGUUGGCGUUCAUUUUGAUAUAUUUUGUUAGAUAUUCAAAUUUUAUCUAUGUUUAUUAUGUUGCAGCUUUUUUCUAAAUUAUAUUAUCAUCAUUGUGAUGAAUUAACUUGU